ACACCUCCAGGGCCCUCUCCGCAUAUUACUCCCAGGGCUGGUCCCGUUCCUUUUACUCUUGUAACCUCGGCUCGCAUCCCUCAAUAUUCGGACCCUUUGGCAGCUUUCAUGAUACCCCACCCUCUGCUGCCCAUUACGCAUAGACGCACCUGACUGCAAUACAUACUAUACUCAUAUUGUGCACACACCCGUUCAGAAUGUCUUCUUCUACCCGUCCAAAACCCUCGCGCAAAGCGUCUGGCCAACAACAUAGGAGUACGCUAUCGUUACAAAGAGCAGAGGUUACCAUACACGUCUAUGAUUUACUACCACCCGGCAAAGUGUCGACGGUGUUGUGGGCAAUAGGCAGUUCUCUGUUACAUACAGGCGUCGUCAUCGGCGACAAAGAAUAUGCAUAUGGUGGACACGACCGGCGGGAUCUGACUGGCGUUUAUUGGACCAAGCCAGGACAGGAGCCUCCAGGCGGCACCUUCAGACAGGCCAUUCUACACGGGUUCUCGUUUCGGCCUGCGGAAGAACUGGAAUCUAUUAUACAAGAGGCCUCACACGAGUUCCAAGGCACAUCCUACAACCUCCUCACAAAGAACUGCAAUCAUUUUACAUCCUACCUCUGCGAAAAGCUCACUGGUCGCCCAGCCCCGAGUUAUCUCAACCGAGCUGCCAGCAUCGGCGUCGCUCUCCCAUGCGUUGUACCACGGGAAUGGAUAGCACCACCGGAUUAUGAUACUGCGGAUGGAGAGUUACUUGACGAGGACUUCGAAGACGAAGGGGCGUCGAUGCUGCGACACGACCGAGAGCGGGAGCGACAUCGAACUCAUGAAGAAAGCAGAGGCUGGGAGCACGCGAGUAAUCCUACUGGGAGUAGUCGCGCAGAUUCGGGCGGCGCAAGAGGCCCUAUUAGUGGUAGGACUAUUCCACCCGCUGAACGGGCACCGUUGCCAAGAAAUUUGACAUGA